AUGGAGGGCCGACUCUCGCUGAAUGUCAUUGCCGUGAUUGCGCUGUUGGUGACGGGGGCAGCCGCCCAGUUGAACACGGUCAAGGAGGUGGACGUGGAUGCCUAUGUUGGACGAUGGUUCCAGGUUUACGGCAACUUCUGGUCGAAUCUUUUUGCAGACAGUCAAAUAGCAGAGUGCACUACUGCUGAUUACUCCAAGAUCAAUUCAACCUACGUCACCGUCUUCAACAGAUACAAGACUCGUGAAGGGAUUGAGGAUAAGAUUAACGGCUAUGCCUUUAUCCCGGACCCACGAGAGCCCGGUAGACUCCGGGUCAAACUCGACGGUGUACCAGUUGAAAGCCCGUACUGGAUUGUGAAACUGGGCCCAAUAGUGAACAACGAAUACACCUACGCCGUGGUAUCGGACGACCGCGCACUCGCACUCUUCAUGCUGGUCCGUGACGUCAAGAACUACUACGCCCUCUACGACAAUGAGAUCCUAGAGUACUUGCAGUUGAGUGGGUUCAUCGGGCCGGGUAGAUCACCCAUUAAGGUGUACCAUGGAGACGAUUGUGAAUAUUUGAAGACAAAUUAGGUGACCUGUGUGAUGCAUAGGGUUUAAAGAUGGAUUCCACAUGACGUCAUUGACCACCAUAUUUAUCUUUAAUCCACAAUUUGAAAUCUGAGAAACGUCAGAUAUGUUUCUCAGACUCCUUUUGAAAUAAAGUGUUCACAGGUUAUUUUUUUUUGUAUAUUAAUUAUGAUUAAAAAUUCAUUGUUUGACCUCGUCAGCCAUUGCAUCCAAUCUACAGUUAGAAUUACGGAAGCAACCGGAGAUAAAAAGUAAACAGCUUCAUGAGUUAUUUUUUUGUAUUCCAUUUUAUAAUUUUUUUUUUAAUCCUACAAAAUGCCUCAAUCUGGCACACUUUCCUAGAUAUCAUUUUAGCAAAGUACAGAUAGGGAUUCAAUUCUUUUUUAAUAGCAGAUUCAUUUAAUAUCAAAAACCUACAACUAAAUUUCUAAAUAAACUAUUAAAGUUCUAUUGCAUAAUUAUCAUGUAGAAAAAAUAAAGUUCAAGAUUAAAAAAGUAAUUUCAUAUUUUCAAAGUAUAUGAAUUUGUAAUUUAUCAUUUGAUUUAAGUAGUCUGACCACGUAACAAAAUCUGGAAAUGUUUCCCUAUCUUACUCUAUAUAAUUUGUUGUUUCAGUUAAAAAACAGCAACAGUGCUACCGACAUAAAAACCUCUGCCUUUGGAUUCCACUUCAGUUAGCCAUGAUGUACACACGGUGUAGGCUUUAAUCAACAUUUUAGGCUAUGAAAGUCCCAAUGCAUGUUCAGCGCAUAGCAACAGAAGCAUAAAGUUUACCCUCCCCCACCGUCGCCCCUUCCCGAAUCAUAACCCUUUGAACGGUAUCAAACACAGUGGCAACUAACUCACACCACUUUAACCCAAGGCUAGAACAUUGUAAAUUC